AUGGAGCUGGAGCUACCUAAACGAUUGUAUGCAGAGGGUUCAGAACCUCGGGUUAAGAAGAUCAACAACAAUUACCGCAUGGAACUUAUCAGAGAUCUGAAGAAAGCUAUGUGUGCAAAGUACGAUGAUGUGAAGAGAGAUCCUGUUUUCACACAUAUCAUGGCUAUUGCCGAAAAUGAUCUCAAGUUCUCUGGGAAACUAGUGGAUAGCUUCAUAUGUAGGCAGCUGAUUACCUCAAAGCUGCAUGAGAACUGGUUUGUUUUUACGAGGACGCCUCUCCGGUUUUCGCUUCAGGAGUACCAUGCUGUGACAGGCCUCAAGAUUACACGGGAAACUAACAGUGACGUAGUGAAAUGGAAAAACGAUGGGUUUUUUUGGAGUAACCUACUGCACACAGGUGGUAAGAUCACCUUGCAGUCGAUCAGAAAGGUUCAUCUACAAGAAGUUCACACCUGGACUCGGCUUGAUAGGAUGAGGUUGAUCUACUUCUGUGUAAUAGUGGGUGUGGUGAUGGGGAGAGAUGAGAAGGUGUCCAUCCCUCAUAUGUACAUCAAGUUGGUGAUGGAUUUUGACAAGGUUCGGAAGUUCCAUUGGGGUCUUCACUCGUAUGAUUUCCUGUUGAGUUCGAUUGAGAAGGCAAUGAAGAAGUUGGGUAAGAAGGAGAGCUACAUUUUCGAGGGUUUCUCCUAUGCUCUCCAGAUUUGGAUUAUGGAGGCAAUUCCUGAUUUUGGAGAAAUAUUAGGCAGAAGAGUCUCAAACAGCUUCAAAGAUCCAAGGUGUGGCAAUUGGAAAGGAGUUGCAAAAGUUUCUUAUGAAGACAUCAUUGAGCUCGAGGACUCCUUAACUAAGAAGGAUAACUUCUUCUCGGUCAUAUCAGUGACUGGUAAUGGUGAUGUGUUUCUAGAUGCUCAGUACACAAGGGAGGGUGAGAUGGAAGAUGAACGAGUGGACCUUGUUUUGGGGAGGAUCAGGAACAAGUAUGAUUGGAGCAACACAGACUGGCCAGUUUUAGACCCUGAAGAGUCUAAAAUGGAGGAACCCGACAGCCAUGAUAGAGGGUCAGAAGCUGAUAAGAUCGUGGAUCAUACGGAUGUUGUAGCAGACGAGGAGAACUCUUCGGUUAAGGUCGCAGGAAAAGGCAAGAGAAAGUUUCUUGAUGAAGGAGCAGAGACAAGAAAGAAGAAGGUGCUGUGUAAGCGAUCAGCAGAAAAGUUUCUGACUUUUGGUCCUGAAACUAUGAGUUUCAUUGAGGGUCUUAUCCGCACAUCUGUCACUUCAUUGGGAGAUGUGCUCAGUAUGCAAAUGGCGAAUAUGGAGAGGGUGUUUACAGAGAGGAUGGAAAAGAUGGAGAUUUUAAAUAAAAUGUAUAAUUGUUUUAUAAUUUUAUCAUUGUAUUUGUUGAAACGUCUACGGAUUGGACCUGCCACUUUAGAUUUUGAGAUUGCUAAUCGUCUUAUGGAUAAAUCUGAGUGGGUUAAUAGCUUGGAGAUUGACGCCGCAAUGUACGUAUUCCGGGAGAGGACAUCUUUGAAACGAUGGAGACCUCAUCGUGUCGCCUUCAUGGCUGUCGUCUUCAGCAAUAUGAUUAAAAAAGAGUAUGGUCAUUUAGAAGCUCAGGGUAGAAAGAGCUACAUGCUUCAUAAUUUGCUACUGCAGUACGGUAAAGGGGUCCUUCCACCACAUGGCAGGACACAUGAGAUAUGGAAUAUAGAUGUGGAUCGGCUGUAUGUCCCUGUUCAUGUCAGUGAGAAUCAUUGGAUCACCUUGUGCAUCAGUUUUGUGACGAGGAGCAUUGAUGUGUUCGACUGCUCGGGUAGGAAAAGGUACAAGGAGGUGGAUAGGUUCGCAAACCUUAUUUCGCGUAUUGUCAAGGCAGUUCAGCCUAUGAGACACCAGAAGAAUUUCGCAGUCGGUGCAUAUACUGUUUCCUAUGUCCCCAUUGGGAAUCUGAACAAAAGUGCAUGUGACUGUGGCGUCUAUGCAGUGAAGUUCAUUGAGUGCCAUGCGCUUGGAUUGGAGUUGUCGUUGUUGCAUGAUGGUAACAUUAUCGAAGCUCGCCACAGGAUUUUAUGGGAUCUUUGGGAAGCAGCUAAUGAUCCGGAAUUGAUUGACAGGAUGUCAAAGUAUCAAUACCCAGAGUGUCUUUCUUCGACUGUAGAGGAGAUUCUGUGA